AUGGCUACCCCCUCCACCCGUCCAGUGGCUGGCGAGCCCGCCGACGACUUGGCCCAGGGCAUCAUCCCCACGGCCAAACAGUCACUUCGCGAUCUCUCCGUCUGGAAGCAGCGUGUCGUUGUUAGUAAUGCGUACGGCGAGACGCGUUGCGAGUGGCAGCAGCCUGACAAGUUCAUGAAUCCCAUCAGCCUAUUUGCCCAGCUCACACCCAAGGCCUGGCUUUUCUUUAUCGUCGGAUGGCUCGCCUGGGUCGCCGAUGCCUUUGACUUUCAUGCACUCUCCAUUCAGACCGUCAAGCUCGCCAAGUACUAUGGUCGCACCAAGGCUGAAAUUACUACCGCCAUCACACUUACCCUACUUUUGCGAUCUGUCGGUGCCGCUGCUUUUGGCCUGGCGGGUGACAAAUGGGGUCGCAAGUGGCCGAUGGUCUUCAACAUGAUGGUUCUUGGCCUCCUCCAAAUUGCCACGAUUUAUUCCGCCCAGUUCUCUCACUUCCUUGCUGUUCGCAGUCUCUUUGGUCUUUUCAUGGGAGGUGUCUACGGCAACGCUAUUGCCAUGGCUCUCGAGCAGUGCCCCUCCAACGCUCGUGGCUUGAUGUCUGGCAUUUUGCAGCAGGGCUACUCGUUUGGCUACGUCUUGGCGGCAUGCGCCAACCUUGGCGUCGGUGGCGCCGUUGACAGCUGGAAAAUUGUUUUCUGGAUCGGAGCCGGCCUAUCUAUCGCUAUUGGUUUCGUCCGCAUGCUGUUUCCCGAAUCACAGCAAUUCAUCGAGGCCAAGAAGAAUGGCAAGAAGACCUCCUCGCCUGGCGCGUUCUGGCGCGAGACUAAGCUGAUGCUGGCCAAGGAGUGGAAGAUGUGUGUCUACUGCAUCUUCCUCAUGACCUGGUUCAACUUUUACUCGCACACCUCACAAGACUCGUACACUACCUUCAUGCUCACUGAGAAGGAGCUUUCUAACAAGGGUGCUUCGCGCGCCUCCAUCAUGAUGAAGGUUGGCGCAUGCGUUGGCGGUACCAUCAUUGGCUACAUGAGCCAGUUCCUUGGCCGUCGCCGCACUAUCAUUGGUUCGGCACUCAUGUCUGCGAUUCUCAUUCCCGCGUGGAUUCUGCCCCGUGGCGAGUCCUCCCUGAGCGCGAGCGGCUUCUUCAUGCAGUUCUUUGUCCAAGGUGCCUGGGGUGUCAUUCCCAUCCACCUCAACGAGCUGUCGCCCCCCGCCUACCGUUCCACCUUCCCCGGCGUCACCUACCAGAUUGGCAACAUGAUCUCCUCGCCUUCUGCUCAGAUCGUCAACGCCAUUGCUGAGAAGACAUUUAUUACACUCAAAAGCGGUCACAAGGUCGAAGCCUACGGCCCUGUUAUGGGAAUCGCCACCGCCAUCAUUGCUCUCGGCAUCGUCUUUACUACGAUGUUUGGCCCUGAGAGACGCGGUCGUGCAUUUGAGAACGCCGUGGCUGGUGUCGAGACCUCUUCUUCGGAGAAGAUUAGCGCUGACGAGGCGGAUGAGGAGAAGGGUACCGUCGAGCAGGCAGAGAAGCUGUAG